AUGAUGUUGGCAGUGUGCAGUGUGUGGCUACUGCUGGUCUGUCUGGUGUUGUACAGCAGGCUGAAGGUUGCGGCUGCUGCCCCCACGUGCACCAACGGCCAGGCCGGCUGCCACGUCCUUUCUCUGGCCAACCUGUUUGAUCGGGUCAUCCAACACUCCGCCAGGAUGCACGGCAUCUCCAACGACCUCCACUCCGAGUUUGAGCUUUACUUCCUCCCCAGCAAGAAUCAGAUCGGCCGGGUCAGCCGCAACUGUCACACCUCAACCAUCCUCACCCCAAAUGGCAAAGAGAAUGCUCAGAGGAUGGCGAGAGAGGAGCUGACAGAGGUGAUUCUGAAGCUCCUGGUGGCCUGGAGAGAUCCUCUUUGGCAUUUUCACCAGAGCUUGGCUCACAACCACGAAUUCAGCAACUUCAGCUCCAACAAGUCUCUAGAGAUGAGCGACAUGGUGCACGAGCUACGCAAAGGUGUGCAGAAAGUCAUUGAGAAGAUGAAGAUGUUGGGGAUUAUGGGUAACUCUCUUGGCGGCCUGGGUACCUCCGAGUCCUUGCUGGCUCCUGACAGUGCUGAGUGGCGCCUCAUGAAAGACUAUGACCUCCUGUACUGCUUUCGCAGAGAUUCCAGCAAGAUCCAGAACUACCUGAAGAUCCUGAAGUGUCGCAUCGUUCCCGAACACGGAUGUUAAAGCCAAGCAAUGAUUGAAACUGCGUUCAACCCGUGGAAAUAUGAAUACUGAGGAUGCAAUGGUGGGGAUAGAAAAAGCACAGAUGGGCAGUUUUUCCUCUGUGCUCUGAGUGCAAAGGGGUUGGACGAGAACAGACGCAAGCACGACUUAUUCAUGACUGAGGAGCCUUUGGAAACCAGAAAUGCUGCUUUGCUAGCACUUCAUGUCUGAUGUUAGGAUGGGAUAAUGUCCCU